AUCACUCGAUCAGCAGCCAGUGUUCACCAUAUGCUCUUCUUCUCGGCUUGCCUCCCGGCACCCGCUACGACGCCGUCCGAUUCAUUCUAGAAGGACAAGACAAGACCCGCACGUAGUCGAACUCGAUUCGCUUCCAGAGAAUCCCCCGAACAGAGCAAGCAGAUAGCAAUCGUGCGGCGGAACUCGCCACCGCCCAUCAGAACGCAGGCCCCUACAUAUUGGACAUAGCCCUCGAUGCAUUGACGUCCUUCAAGCCUGUUUGCUGUUCGUCCUGAUGCUGAAAAGUUCAGCUGUAGCAGGCCCAGCUCCUUCCUCCCUUGUUGGGUUGGUGGGAAAAUGGAGGAAGACCCACCAAAACAAGAACUUGACACGCCCCCUCCAUUUCAGCACCACCGGCCAAGCCUCGUUUCCAAACCCUAAGAGCUCCUCUGCUCCCAUGGAGGUGGAGAUCAAGCUCCGCCUCCCGGACUCCACCGCCCACCAGCAGCUCUCGGACGCCCUCUCCCCCUUCCACGUCAAGACCCUUGCCCAAGAGAACGUCUUCUUCGACGGCGAGGGGUCGGAGCUUGUCAAGAACCUCGCGGCGCUGCGCCUCCGGUUUUAUGACCUUGAUUCCCACUGCGUCCUCUCCCUCAAGGCCAAACCCGUUAUCUCGAGCGGCAUCAGCCGUGUCGAGGAGCAGGAAGAAUCGGUAGACCCUUCUGUGGGCCGGGCGUGUGUCGACGAUCCAGGGCGCCUUUUGUUGUUUGGUUCGUCAGAUAUAAUCAAGAGAGUGAGGGAAGAGUAUAAUGUGAAGGGGUUGGUGUGUCUGGGUGGAUUUAGGAAUGUGAGGGCGGUGUAUGACUGGAAGGGAUUGAAAUUGGAGCUUGAUGAGACAGUAUAUGAUUUCGGGACAAGUUACGAGAUUGAAUGUGAGAGCGCGGAGCCAGAGAGGGAUAAGAUUUUGAUUGAAAGGUUCUUGGAGGAGAAUGGUAUAAUGUAUUCUUAUUCAAAUGUCAACAAGUUUGCAGUUUUCCGGUCAAGGAAGUUGCCUGAUUGAUCGACAAUGCGGUGUAAAAUCCUCAGUUAUUGUGCUUUAAUUGAUGUAGGUUUGGUGUAGUGUCUUACGUGUUUGUGACCUUUUGGCAAUAAUAUAUCUACCCAUAACGUGGGAUUUCAGCAAAAGAAAUGAAGCGUAAGCAUUCAUUAA